AUGAGCAGCAGGAAUUUUCAACGAUCAGUUACCACUGCGUUAGAUGUCAUGGCUAUUGAAGAUCGAGUUGCCGAGAAUUUGGUGCAUCAGCAUCUAUGGACCAAUCUUAAAUCGCUCAAUAUUCGAGCAGCAGAGUCAAAUAUAGUUAUAUGUACUGGGGUGCCUCCAGCGAAAUUACAUCCUGACGAUUAUGAGAUAAGUGAGGAAUAUGUUCUACCAGUUCGCACUGAGCAGAAUUGGACUGUACACCAAUGGGCAUGUGUGUUUGAUGGUAUUAAAGAAGCCACUAAUGCAGAGGCUUCUCCUCGUAGAGUGGUCAUGGCUAUGGUUACUGAGGACUCAACGAUAGUUUAUUAUUUUGUCAACAACGGAUUGAUUCGGCCCCGUAAAAAUUAG